CUAGGACUUCCAUAAAGGCCUUCGAAGCCCAGACGUGACCAUAAUGUUUUGCCGUUGCCAUUAAAAACUCGUUGCAAACCGCAAAGCCUAACCACAACAGCGAUUUGGCUGGAAACAAAAACAUAUGAAUCGUAUUGUAUAUGUUAUACGCAUAAAUGAGAAUAUACGUUCGUAAAUGACCUAUUUUGCCAUUGUUAAUGAAAAUUGCGAUAUAUUAAAAACAUAACAUGGGGCAGAUUGGGAGCAAGCCGUUUGAAGGAAAAGUUGUUCGAACCUUGACAGGGCAUAGUCGGGCAGUGCUGCAUUGUGAAUUUAGCCAAGAUGGCGAACUGCUAGCAACAUGUUCUGCGGAUAAAACCGUUUUACUUUGGAAUGUCGAGACCGGGGAACCUCUUCGCUCGCUCGAGGGCCACACAGCUGAAGUGACAUGUUGUUGUUUUUAUGAAAACAUCUUGGCAACUUGCUCCGAAGAUAAAACAGUUGUGUUAUGGUUGUAUGAAAGUGGACGAAGGGCUUCUCGUUUAGGUAAGAGCGCAUGAAAUUCUGACGCGGCGACAAAUUCUGAAUCAUCAUGCGCAAAUUUGUUCGAUGAACACUGUAAAUUGGCUACAUUGGAAUUCUUAAGGGUAAGCUCUGGUCAAAGAGGAUGAGUUAAUGAGAGUUGAGAAGCGAGAGUUUGCAUGCAGAGAGUUUUCUCAACUCUGAUGCUUCUUUCAAACGAGAACAAGAGUUGCCGAUGAGAGUUGAUAAGAGUUGACUGGAUAUUACCAGCCAAACAAGAAAAAACUCUCAUCAAAAUGAGAAUCAACUCAAAGUUGACGAGAAUCGAUGAUAAAACUAUAAAAGCCAAUCAAACGCGAGUGAUAAUUGGAACAUUAAACCUCGUCAACUCUCGUUCUCGUUUGACCGAAAGCUUCAGCUGCAGUGCUCGAUAUCGUCUGCUUUCAUCCUGUCUAAUGUGAACUUGAAAAGUGAAAUCGGUGCAACUAAUUUGAAGCACGGUCCAACUUCUACUGAUUCCACGCGAAACGUCUUUAAUCAGAACGCUACGUUCAGACGCGAGACUGGAUGAAUUCAGCACGGCGUUCAGUUCAGUCAAGUUCGCACGAUUUCCUCCGAUGCGUUCACACCGAUGCAAGACAUCGGAGGAAUCCGAGCACAGAUGACCGUGCGAGUUCUCGUGCGAACAAAUGAAAGCGGACGAAUUGCCCGCACAUGGUUCCGAAUUCAUCUUGUAUGAUGUGAACGGAAUACGCGGGUUCGCGAUGCCAUCUUGUUAAAGGGGGCAAACAAAAUGGAGGGGCUGUUUAUACAUGAUGCGGCUUUGUCGGGACGAGAUGUGAAGCGGGAGGAUUCGGAUUUUUUGAAAACGUCACGGUGCACGAUUCAACAAAAAUACAUUAUUUUUCUAGUGAUAGAUAAUAGUGUAGAAUUGUACACGAAAGGUUGUUUAAGCAGCAGCGAUAAUAAUCUUCUUGAUCUACGCGACAUCUUCUUGACAGCAUAUUUGCAUUAUUCUAACCGGUUUUUGAUCUUUCAUUUACGCCCACAGAAAUUUAUUUCAUUACAUCAAAACCUUGACAAUAAAUACUAUUAACCUAGGUGCAAAUAUUUCCAUUUGGGUGAAGCAGUGUUUUGCAGGCGUCGGUAUAACCGCUAAAAGGUGUACAGUAUAUACGGUGCACACAUUUUCAUUUGUUAAAACCCGCAGGUUUAAUUUUCAAUUUAUAAUGAAUUAAAAUAUAGUUUGAUAGGCAUUUAAACAAGCUUAUAGUUAUUAUAAAUACUCUUUCCAAUGCAAUCUCAAAAAGCAUGAAUUUAACACGAAAAACGUUAUUCAGGCAAAUAAUAUUUAUAUUCAGAUUGUAAAUUACACGCAAACUUCACUCGGAAAAUUUGCAUUUCAAAUAAUAUGCUUUUAAAAAAAGCACUUAAAAACCUAAUGAUGAUUUUAAUGCAUGAUUUAUGAAUAAUUUGAGUUCUUUAUACAAUUCGUGAUAUUUACUACAUUAUAUAUUGCUAAUAUAUAUUGCUUUCCUUGUUUUAAAACUUUGCUUUUAUUAUCGUACAACAUUUGGAAACAUAAGAUGAAUAAAUCGUUUAAAUUCAUCAUGUCUGCAAACCGUUGUUUGUCGGAAAACUUUUCAUAAUAAAUAAUUCAGCAUGUUCAGGUUAUUUUGGCUUUGAAUGAUUAGCAUAAAAUUGACAUAAUUAGCAUAAAAUAAUCCCUUGAUACAAAAGGUUCCCUGUAAUUUUCGUUUCAAUAUUAAGCUCAGAUGUUCUAGCUUUGAUAUUGUCAGUUUAUUGAGAAUGUAUCGCGCCGGUGCACAUGCGCAUACGCGAUAGCAAAACAUUCUGAAUAUAUUAAGAACUAAUGAAAUAUAUUUUUCAAAUUGAUCGACCUGUUACAGGAAAUUUAUGCCAUGCAUUUUAUUUUAAUAUGCUCCCGGGAAGCGUAAACCAUAUUAAAAGAAACAUUGCAAUUUGUUUCACGGAGGGACGUCCAAAACUUGUCAAUUAUAUCGAGAGAAAUUAAAAAUCAAAAUCUUGUUAAAAUUUUAUCUUCUUCAAAAAUAUAAUUAAGACGAGGGAUUAUGUUUCAUUUUUUGACAUAUGAAAAGUCAAGCGAAUAUGUAUGUAUGUAAUAAGUUUUUGUUAGUAAAUAUUAAUAUAUAAAACAAGCUUCAAGACUGACACAAGUCGACAAGGUUUGUAGAAUAGAGCUUUGCAGAAUGCAAUAUUUCGGACAAAAUUCAAUUUUUAGUGUGGUCGCAGACUUGUAUCGUUUUGCGCAGAAUAUUCCAGUAAAAAUAUAAGUUACUAAUGAUCAUAAUAGAGUAUAAUUAAAAACGUUUGCUCUUAUUCAGAAUAAUUUAACCGGAUAUUACUGUAGACUGAAUAUUCGAACUUUAAUUGAUCUUCAAAAAUUCAUGGUUUCAUGUUUAUCCACAAAGGUUUGCCACAAAUUACAGCGUACACAAUUCACAAAUUAAAUUAUAAGCUGCCAGAAACAUCAAACAAACCACGACAGCUAGCUUAUUGUAGAACACUACCGAUAUAUAUCUUUUUUUCAGGUAGUUCAGCCUAGAAAUCACGGCAGCUUAUUGUAGAAUAUACUACCUACACCGAACCACCACAUUUGAGAGAUCUUUUUUUUAUUUUCAAGUAGAUCAGACAUAAACCACGGCAGCUAUUGCAGAACAGAACAAAAUGACUUGAUCAACAAAAAUAUUUCUAUUUUUCCUCUAGCAAUCCAUUCUGGUCCAGUGCUAUCAUGUACUAUCUCGUCAACUGGUCAAUAUUUAGCAACAUGCUCGGAAGAUAAAAGUAUUCGAUUAAUCAAAUUUCAACCUGGCGCUGGUGCGUUUGUUAACGGUUCAGAAAUGAAAAAACUUAAUGGCCACUGCGCUUCGGUAAACGAUGUCAAAUUUUCACCAAAUGGCAAUUUCUUAGCAAGUGCAUCGCAGGAUAAGACGAUCAGAGUCUGGGAUACCGGAACUGGCGCAUGCGCUAUAGUCCUCGAUGAUCCCUUCGGGUCGGUGCAGAAGUUGUGUUAUUCGCCAACAGGAGGUCACAUGAUCAGUUUAUCGAGUCCAGGAAAUUUUGUGAGCGUGUGGAAUACGGAGUCGAACAUGGUAGAUAAUGUGCUGGAGGCAAAUGAUGGUCGAGAAAUACAGGUAGGAAAACCACUAUUAUCAUCAUCACCACUAUCAUCACCAUCAUGAUUACCAUCACCAUCAUCAUCACCACCAUCAUCAUCAUUACCAUCAUGAUCAGUAUCAUUACCAUUAUCAACCACCACCAUCAUAAUCAUCACCACCAUUAUCAUCAUCAUUACCAUUAUCAACAACCAUCAUCAUCACCACCAUCAUCAUCACCAUCAUCACCAUCAUAUCGUGUAGCAGAGGGUGGUCAAUUAUCAAAAAUACCAAAAGUAUUACAAUUACGUAGUAGUGUUGUAUUUGAUCGAAAAUAUAUGAACUGAAUGUAAUUUGAUGUACUUACGAUUAAUCAUAUUUUACUCCAGAACAUCGCCAUAAGCCCAGAUGGUCGGACAACAAUUGGUCUAUCAAAAGACAACAAAAUAACAUUAUGGACAAAGAUGACACGCAAAUGCGCACCAGAGCUAAGGUAUUGAAUCAAACUAAACUAAUUUUAUUUAUACUAAAUAGCCAUCAGUUAACCCCAGAGGUCCACUAGGGACAUCCCUUAUUGAUCCAGUGUUAUUACAGGAGGAAACCUAAACUAAACUAAUUUUAUUUAUACUGGAUAGCUCUAUCACUUCUAAACUGUUCUCCCUAGAGGUCCAGGAAGGAUCAUCUCUUAUUGAUUCACCGCUAGCCUACUACAGGAGGAAACCUAAACCAAACUAACUUUAUUUAGUACUUGAUAGCUCUAUCAGUUCUGAACUGUUCUCCAGAGAUCCAGUAAGGAUCAUCUCCUAUUGAUCCAGUGCCACUACAGGAGGAAACCUAAACUAACUUUAUUUUCACUGCCCACUGGACAACUCUGUCAGUUCUAAACUGUCCCACUUCUGGACUAAGGAUCAAAGACAUCAAAAUCCGUGCAGCAAAAUAUCAACGUCGUAUUUCCUUAACAAUAUUGCAUUUAUUUUCAAACAGGACAACCCAACACAAGAAGGGAGUGAAUACUAUUGCUAUAACUGACACUGAUUGCUGUGUGGCGACAGCAGAUGGCGAAGGAGUAGUUCUUAUAUGGAGUUGAGAAAACGCUAAAAAUAGUUAUUGAAAGCAGACAUUCUGCUAAGUAUAAGUUUAAGUAUAUUUACAACUAUGAAAAAAAUGUUUGUAGGGGUCUUAGGCUAUGUUGCCAUUGUAUCGGAUAGCUUGCGUAGCGACGCAAAAACUCUGAUCGGAUAAGGCUUGUGUUUACAUGUGAAAUGAUGUAAUCGUAUCAAUUUUCGGCUGCAUCGAAGUGCCGCUGCGGCCCUGCGUGGUGUGUGUUGAGCCGGAUUGGCAAUGAUUUGAAACCUUAAUUAAUAUAAUUAAGCUAACCUAAUAUAAUUUAGAGGUAUAUAGCUUGCUCACUCUUUCAACUGACGUCUGCAGUAAGGACGGGAGCAGAAGCCGUCUACACCUGGGCCGUAACCUUUCGCGAACGAAGCAAAAACCGAUCUGAUACCAUGUAAACACAGCUUUAGGGUGGCGGUUAUGAGCUGAAAUUCAGGCCACUUAAUUGCUAGCUGCAGUAAGAUGUCAGUUUCAAGUUGCUGUUUCAUCGUUUGUCAGCAAUCAGUUAUGAUAUUUGUGAGCUUUUUGUAAACGAGCAGGAUAUUUAGUAUCAGAAGUACAAGCUUCUUCAUUCACGCUCAUGAUUUUCUUUAUGAUUUUCCCAUGUAUUGUUAUGAGAAUUACAAAUGAUACCGCGAUUGAGAAACACAUGAAACAUUUUAAACAUUUUUCUUUAAUCAUGAAAACUAAUUAUACAAUUAAAGAACUAGAAAACAAUAUAGUAUGCACUGGUAAAAAUCUAUAUUACAAUAUUAAAAAAAUUAAUAUAAGCUGUUACAUAACAAUAAUACAAGAUAAUAA